GUGAUGGUUCUCCUGUCACUUUGGUUGAUAGCAGCCGCUCUGGUACAGGUUAGGACUUCAGCUGAUGGACAAGCUGGUAAUGAAGAAAUGGUGCAAAUAGACUCGCCAGUAAAGAGAAAGAAAGAGUAUGAGCUGGUGACUCCAGUCAGUACAAAUCAAGAAGGACACUAUCUCUCCCAUAUUCUUUCUGCAAACCACAAAAAGAGAUCAACGAGGGACGUGUCUUCCAACUCUGAGCAAUUGUUCUUUAACAUCACAGCGUUUGGAAGAGAUUUUCAUCUGCGACUAAAGCCCAACACCCAGCUCAUAGCUCCUGGCGCUGUUGUGGAAUGGCAUGAAACAUCUCCAGUGCCCGGGAGUACAUCCAGCCCUGUUAAUGAUCAUCAACCAGGAAGUGCUUCUGAGAGAAUCUGGAAAACAGAGCCUUUGCAGACUAACUGUGCUUACGUUGGUGACAUCAUGGACAUUCCAGGAACCGCUGUUGCCAUUAACAACUGUGAUGGUCUGGCUGGCAUGAUAAAAAGUGAUGAUGACGAGUAUUUCAUUGAACCCUUGGAGAGAGGGAAACAGAUGGAGGAAGAAAAAGGCAGGAUGCACAUUGUCUACAAGAGAUCAGCAGUGGAGCGGGCUCCUGUACACAUGCCCAGCGACUUCUACCACAGAGAGUCCGAUCUGGGAGGCCUUGACGAUCUAGGCACUGGUUACCGCAACAUCGACCGGCAGCUGAACAAAACAAUUAGACGUCGCAGACAUGCAGAAGAAAACGAUUACAACAUUGAGGUGCUGCUGGGAGUGGAUGACUCUGUGGUCCGUUUCCAUGGCAAAGAGCACGUCCAAAACUACCUCCUCACCCUGAUGAACAUUGUGAAUGAGAUUUACCACGACGAAUCCCUCGGCGUGCACAUCAAUGUGGUCCUGGUGCGCAUGAUCAUGCUGGGCUACGCGAAGUCCAUCAGCCUCAUAGAACGCGGAAACCCGUCCAGGAGCCUGGAGAACGUGUGCCGCUGGGCUUGCCAGCAACAGAAACCUGAUCCCAACCACUCUGAACACCAUGAUCAUGCAAUUUUCUUAACCAGGCAAGAUUUUGGACCUGCUGGAAUGCAAGGAUAUGCUCCAGUCACAGGCAUGUGUCAUCCAGUGAGAAGCUGUACCCUGAAUCACGAGGAUGGUUUCUCAUCUGCUUUUGUAGUAGCCCAUGAAACUGGCCAUGUGCUGGGCAUGGAGCACGAUGGACAAGGCAACAGGUGCGGCGAGGAAACCGCUCUGGGAAGUGUCAUGGCCCCCCUGGUGCAAGCAGCAUUUCACCGUUACCACUGGUCCCGAUGCAGCGGCCAAGAGCUGAAAAGAUACAUUCAUUCCUAUGACUGUCUCCUUGAUGACCCUUUUGAACAUGAUUGGCCCAAACUCCCAGAACUUCCUGGAAUCAAUUAUUCUAUGGAUGAGCAAUGUCGUUUCGACUUCGGAGUUGGUUAUAAAAUGUGCACUGCGUUCCGAACCUUUGACCCAUGCAAACAGCUGUGGUGCAGCCAUCCUGACAACCCCUACUUCUGUAAGACUAAAAAGGGGCCCCCACUUGAUGGGACUGAAUGUGCUGCUGGAAAAUGGUGCUAUAAGGGCCAUUGCAUGUGGAAGAAUGCGAAUCAACAAAAGCAAGAUGGCAACUGGGGGUCAUGGACCAAAUUCGGCUCCUGUUCCCGGACGUGUGGAACGGGCGUUCGUUUCAGAACACGCCAGUGCAAUAAUCCAAUGCCCAUCAAUGGUGGCCAGGAUUGUCCAGGUGUUAAUUUUGAGUACCAGCUUUGUAAUACAGAAGAAUGCCAAAAACACUUUGAGGACUUCAGAGCACAGCAGUGCCAGCAGCGUAACUCCCACUUUGAAUACCAGCACAGCAAACACCACUGGAUGCCAUACGAACAUCCCGAGUCCAAGAAGAGGUGCCACCUCUACUGCCAAUCCAAAGAGACAGGCGACGUCGCAUACAUGAAACAGCUGGUGCACGACGGAACGCGCUGCUCUUACAGAGACCCGUACAGCAUCUGUGUGCGCGGAGAGUGCGUGAAAGUGGGCUGCGAUAAAGAAAUCGGCUCUAACAAGGUUGAGGACAAGUGCGGUGUCUGUGGAGGAGAUAACUCCCAUUGUCGAACUGUGAAGGGGACCUUCACCAGAACUCCCAGGAAGCUUGGGUACCUUAAGAUGUUUGAUAUCCCCCCUGGUGCCAGGCAUGUGUUAAUCCAAGAAGACGAGGCUUCUCCUCAUAUUCUUGCUAUUAAGAACCAGGCUACAGGCCACUAUAUUUUAAAUGGCAAAGGGGAAGAAGCCAAGUCACGGACCUUCAUUGACCUUGGUGUGGAAUGGGAUUAUAACAUUGAAGAUGACAUUGAAACUCUUCACACUGAUGGACCUCUACAUGAUCCUGUUAUUGUUUUGAUUAUACCUCAGGAGAACGACACCCGCUCUAGCCUGACAUAUAAGUACAUCAUCCACGAAGACUCCGCACCUACGAUCAACAACAACAAUGUCAUCCAGGAAGAAUUAGACACUUUUGAGUGGGCUUUGAAGAGCUGGUCUCAGUGCUCCAAACCCUGUGGUGGAGGUUUCCAGUACACUAAAUAUGGAUGCCGUAGGAAAAGUGAUAAUAAAAUGGUUCAUCGCAGCUUCUGUGAAGUCAACAAAAAGCCAAAACCCAUUAGAAGAAUGUGCAACAUUCAUGAGUGCACACACCCACUCUGGGCAGCGGAAGAGUGGGAGCACUGCACCAAAACCUGUGGGAGUUCCGGCUACCAGCUGCGCGCUGUGCGCUGCCUCCAGCCUCUCCAUGAUGGUACCAACCGCUCUGUGCACAGCAAGUACUGCGUGGGUGACCGUCCCGAGAGCCGCCGGCCAUGUAACAGAGUGCCCUGCCCAGCCCAGUGGAAGACGGGGCCCUGGAGUGAGUGCUCCGCCACCUGCGGUGAUGGGACAGAGGUGAGGCAGGUCCUCUGCAGGGCCGGAGACCACUGCGAUGGGGAGAAGCCUGAGGCCGUCAGAGCUUGUCAGCUGCCUCCCUGCAAUGAUGAGCCAUGUUUGGGAGAUAAAUCCAUAUUCUGCCAAAUGGAGGUGCUGGCGCGAUACUGCUCCAUACCAGGCUACAACAAGCUGUGCUGUGAGUCCUGUAGUAAGCGCAGUAGCACCCUGCCACCACCAUUCCUUCCUGAAGCUGCUGAAACUCAGGAUGAUGUCAUCUUUAACCCCGGUGACCUCGACCUCACUGGAUCUCUAGUGAUGCCUACAUCUUUGGUUUCGUACUAUUCAGAGACUCCUGCUGUGAGGAAGAAAUCUUUGAGUAGGAUCUCUUCAGGGGGAGGUCCAAACGCACAUGCUGCUUUCAGGCCGAACGGUAAGCCUGAUGGUGCUAACUUACCCCAGCGGAGUGCUCCACACACAGGGAGUGGGGCCAUGGGACAGGUCUCCUCUGCCACCAGGAGUGGCCCCCUCACUUCAUCUUCACCAAUGGCUGCUGCCCCCUCCCUUGUAGUCCGUGAUUCAAUAGGUGCUUCUUCUCAGGCAAGAACCUCAAAGAAAGAUGAAAAGAUGAUUAACAAGAGACAUCCGAUAAGCUCAUCCCCCUUGGAAAGAUGAGAAGGUGAACCUAAAAGGCUAGAAAUCAGAGGGGAGCCUGGCCGAGCUCCCUCUACCCAGUGGUGCGUAUUGCUUAAUUAAAGUGAAAAUCUCCAUUGAUCAUCAACUCAUUUUACCUGUAAAGGGAAGAACAGAAAGUGCUGGUUCACUCUCUAGUGUCUUUCCUCCUCCUUUUUGUUCUGCAUUGACUAAUUUACCAGAAUUCAUUGGAAGAAAGCACCAAAGAGUAUUAACAGAAGGAAAAGUAAGUUGCUAAAUACGCUGGUCACUCUCUAAAGCAGAAAAGGGACUGGAACCAAUUGUGCAUUUCAGCUGAUUUUUUGUUUAAAAACAGUAAAAGUGAAAAAAAAAAGAGGUGCCAAUGGUUUACAUCUUAACAAAACAUUUUGGGAAUGGAGCAAAGAAUUCGUAGACUUGUAUUCCUAUUUAUCUAUAUUAGAAAUAUUAUAUGAGCAAAUUUGCAGCUGUUGUGUAAAUACUGUAUAUUGCAGAAAUCAGUAUUAUUUUAAGAGAUGUGUUCUCAAAUGAUUGUUUACUAUAUUACAUUUCUGGAUGUUCUAGGUGCUUGUCAUUGAGUAUCACCUUAUUUGACAUUUAUGGGUUGAUUUUCAAAGCAAAAUAUUACAAAGAGGAAGGAUUGAAGCUAUUGACAAUACAAGGGGUUUUGUUUAAUCAACAGUAUGAUACCUAAAUUACAGAAAAAGAAAAAACAGAUAAGCUGCAUUACCCUCCAUCCUUUAAUAAAAAGAAAUGGGACUAUGGUCACAGGGUCCAGAGUCCAGUAAAUGAACCGUCCUAACAAAAACUGAAACCCUCUUACCAGGACCUUGAUAUGCACCACUGCAGUGUCCUAUGUUCUUGUGUUGUUUUUGUUUUCCGGUAGUUGACAUAUCCAAGAAAAAGCGUACUCAGUGUACUGUAAUAAUAACAAAGGAAUAUGUAUUGAGAUAAUUUGUAUGUUGGUAGCUGAGAACAGUAUCAUUGAACUAGAACUGAUGCUCAAGUACAGUAAGGCUUUGGAAGCAAGUUCAAAAAAGCAUUUGUCAAUGGUUGCAAUAUUUAUUGUCUGCAUGGUUCACAUACCCAAAUGUUCACAACCACAAUGCAUCUGACUGCAAUAAUGUGCUAGUAAUUUAUGUCAGUGGUCACCCUACUUACAGUGAAGCCAGAAAUGCUCUCUCCAGGGAGUAGAUGUAAAGUACUUGUAUAUAGAAUUAAGAACUGAAGAUAUUUAUUAAAAGUUGAACUUUUCUUGAUAGUAUUUUUAUGUACUAAAUAUUUACGCUAAUAUCAAUGACAUAUUUUGUUAAACUAGAGAGACAUAAUUAGAGAUGCAUGCUCUGUUCUGUGCCUAGAGGAGAAAUUUAAGCAAACUACAACAGCCAAAUCGAAGAGCUUAAACUGAACAAAUUUGAUGUUAUGCAAACCAUUUGCAUUUUUGAAGUAAUUGAAACAACGCUGAUUUGUUCCCCUUCAGUGAAACAAAAUCAUAUGAACUCAGCUAGCUUUUUAUGAAAUAGUGAACUAGAUAUAUUUGUUUUAAAGUAUGUGAAAAACAUACACACUUCAUGAAUUAUACUUCAAAGAAAAAAGAUGUAUGUCAGCAUAAUGUUUUUGAGGUCAGUUCCUGAAUUAUGAAGAUAUGUUAACCUUUCAAAGCACAGAAUGUGCAAGCACUUUUGCAUUUUAACCACGGUAAACAGCUUCACCUAUGGACUCUAUACCUCUAAGGAAUCGCUGCUACUUCAUGCAAGACUUUUGAAAGUCAAAUAAAUUAGGUGAAUUCCAGGUCAUAAAAUAAUCCCUGAGCCUCAAGUAGAAGUCAUUCCCCUUCCCAAGUUCUCCUGAAUGAAUUCUCUCUAGUUUGCUUGCAUGUGUGUACAUCUGGUCCACAAGGGAAUAUAGAGAAAGAUGGUCACCCACAUAAACCUCCCACAAAGAUGUACACAUUCGUAUACUUCUGACCUUCAAGCUUCAUUUUCUACUAAGCUAAAAAUUCUUUUUUUUUUUAUCAAAGUGUACACUACUGAUGCUGUUUGUUGUAUUGGGAGCACGUAGCAAUAAAAAUGUUAAAAUACA